AUGACUUCGUCAGACGUACCUGAACUCGAAGAUCUCCCAUUUUAUCAGCAACUAAUAUCGAAUCAUUCGGAGUUUUAUGCGAAAGUUCAAGGUGCGUGUUCGUUUAUCGUUAUUCCACAACAUCUCAAUGCUGUUUUAUUGAAACGGGAUGCGUUUGAGUCCCACAUUUUCCGUCCUUCGCCCAUGUACCUUCGCAAACAUGUUUCAUGGAAUGAUAAAUAUGAAAUUGAGUUUGACAACAAUCGCGCAAUACGAUUUUUCUAUAAGAAACAAGGUGCCGGUGAAAAACGCAUCAAAAUCUUGAGUCAAGAAGAUGUUCGUGAUAGUGUACGGCAACGUACUUACACGAUAUUAAUCAUAGAGCAACCAUUGAUCGAUCUAAAUGGAUUUGAACAAAUUUCAAAUAACCCGUUAUACAAACCAAUCAUUAGAACUUUGUCACCAACGAUCCCUCGAUUUAAUGCAUCUACAGCCAGUUAUGAGUCAUCAUUUGUGUUUCUUGAUUCACUUCGUCAAAUUGAACCUGCAUUCACUCGUCUAUGUACGGACUUAUUUUCGUUUACUGACAAAUACGUCGUUCUUCCCAAGUUUCUCAAUCACGCCAUCGAUAAACUUCGUCUUCUACGUACACAAUUCCUUCAAGACUCCUAUAGAUUGUUAAAUCGGCAAUCCGAAGAUCGAGAUAUCGAAUUAGCUAGUGAGAUUUAUGUAACAGGCUAUGUAUAUACAAAGGUUUGGCCAACGAUUCUCGAAUCGACCGAAAGUAAAGAGAAACUUCUGUUUGAAAACAUUCGAAUUCGACAAAGAAAGCAACGAGCCAAUUCCAAUGAUUUCCCAGCAAAUUCCAAUCAAAGUGCGUCGAAUGAAUUGAAACGACUCGAUGAUCUAAAAUCCUCAUAUGAAAAGGCGAAAUGUAUUCGUUCAACAUUGGAUUUAACAAUCGCUGCCAAGACAUUAAUGGUUGUCGAUGCGAAGAAUUCCGCAGUUGCCUAUCAUUCAUCAUCCGAGGGAAUGGCCAUGGCAGCUGAUGAAACCUUGACUGCCUUUAUCGAUCUCAUCUGUCAAUUAGUAUCAAACGCAGAUGUCAAUUCGACAGUUCAUUUAGUCGCCCAUGAGUAUUAUACUGAAAAUUUUCGAUUUCUCCCUCUUCCACAAGAUAUUGAUUACGCUUUUACGACGUAUCGAGGUGUGAUUGAAUAUUUAACAAAUAGCUCGACGGUAUUUUAA